AUGGCUAGACUGAAUGGGACAAAAAGGCCAGUCUGCGAGGGAUUCCCCAGCCCCAGUUCCUUUCCUCUCCGGUUCCUCCACUGUCCCACCCGCAAGGAGUCGGACCUCCCGCGCCAGCGGACCGAGGAAGGAAGCCCCCAGUCCGGAGGCCGGGCCCGCACCCGGGGAUCCGCAGGAGACCUGAGCCCUGGGGCGGAAAUGCAGCGGGGGACGGACACACCGGCCGCCCCGCCGGCCGGGCUCGCGCCGCCCGCCCGGCGCCACUACAGCGAGGCGGCUGCCGACCGGGAGGACGACCCCAACUUCUUCAAGAUGGUGGAGGGCUUCUUCGACCGCGGCGCCAGCAUCGUGGAAGACAAGCUGGUGGAGGACCUGCGCACCCGGGACAGCGAGGAGCAGAAGCGGAACCGGGUGCGCGGCAUCCUGCGGAUCAUCAAGCCCUGCAACCAUGUGCUGAGCGUCUCCUUCCCCAUCCGGCGCGACGACGGCUCCUGGGAGGUCAUCGAGGGCUACCGGGCCCAGCACAGCCAGCACCGCACUCCGUGCAAGGGAGGUAUCCGUUACAGCACUGAUGUGAGUGUAGAUGAAGUAAAAGCCCUGGCUUCUCUGAUGACAUAUAAGUGUGCAGUGGUGGAUGUGCCGUUUGGGGGUGCUAAAGCCGGUGUUAAGAUCAAUCCCAAGAACUACACAGAUAAUGAAUUGGAAAAGAUCACAAGGAGGUUCACCAUGGAACUAGCAAAGAAGGGCUUUAUUGGUCCUGGCAUUGAUGUGCCUGCCCCGGACAUGAGCACCGGCGAGCGGGAGAUGUCCUGGAUCGCUGACACCUAUGCCAGCACCAUAGGGCACUAUGAUAUUAAUGCACAUGCCUGCGUUACUGGUAAACCCAUCAGUCAAGGUGGCAUCCACGGGCGCAUCUCUGCAACUGGCCGUGGUGUGUUCCAUGGGAUUGAAAAUUUCAUCAAUGAAGCUUCUUACAUGAGCAUUUUAGGGAUGACACCAGGAUUUGGGGAUAAGACAUUUGUUGUUCAGGGAUUUGGUAAUGUGGGCCUGCACUCUAUGAGAUAUUUACAUCGUUUUGGUGCUAAAUGUGUUGGUGUUGGUGAAUCUGAUGGGAGUAUAUGGAAUCCAGAUGGUAUUGACCCAAAGGAACUGGAAGAUUUCAAAUUGCAACAUGGAUCGAUUCUGGGCUUCCCCAAGGCAAAGGUCUAUGAGGGAAGUAUCUUGGAAGCCGACUGUGACAUACUGAUCCCUGCUGCCAGCGAGAAGCAGUUGACCAAGUCCAACGCACCCAGAGUCAAAGCCAAGAUCAUUGCUGAAGGUGCCAAUGGACCGACCACUCCAGAAGCUGAUAAGAUUUUCCUGGAGAGGAACAUCAUGGUUAUUCCAGAUCUCUACUUGAAUGCUGGAGGAGUGACAGUGUCUUACUUUGAGUGGCUGAAGAAUCUAAAUCAUGUCAGCUAUGGUCGACUGACCUUCAAAUAUGAAAGAGAUUCUAACUACCACUUGCUCAUGUCUGUUCAAGAGAGCUUAGAAAGAAAAUUUGGAAAGCAUGGUGGAACAAUUCCUGUCGUGCCCACAGCAGAAUUCCAGGACAGAAUAUCGGGUGCAUCAGAGAAAGAUAUCGUGCACUCUGGCUUAGCCUACACCAUGGAGCGGUCUGCCCGGCAAAUUAUGCGCACAGCCAUGAAGUAUAACCUGGGCUUGGACCUGAGAACAGCUGCCUAUGUCAACGCCAUUGAGAAAGUCUUCAAAGUGUACAAUGAGGCUGGUGUGACUUUCACAUAGAUGGAUUGUGGCUACGUUCCUCACCCUCUUCACCCAUAACUUCUGCCGACCUAUCACAAGUUUACAUGUAACCACAGAACUCUCUCUCUCUUAUGACUCAUUAGGUAAUGGACACUGUUCUCAACAAGUCAGUCUGAAUCAGCCCCUUAAGAAAGAAACUAAAUUUAGAGGAUCAUGUACAAAUGGAAUGUGAAAGUAUAAAUCACUUAAGCUAGAAAACCAUUUAGAAAUUUUGCCUUUUAAUAAAAAGUCUCUCCCA